AUGGGAUUCCUUGGAGGAUUUAUUCAACAACAUCAGAAUUCCCUGGAGAUAAUCGCUCUUGAAGAAGUUAUAAAAGUAAAUGAAACACAGUUUGAAUUGGACCCUUCAGGAACUAACAGAGAAAAAUUGCAUAGAUCUCAAGUGGAGCUAAGGAAGCAUUUACAAAGGGAGGAAGAAUUUUGGAAACAGAAAGCUGGAAUGGAAUGGUUCAAAGAGGGAGAGAGAAAUACUAAAUUCUUUCAUACCAUUGUUAAAGGAAGGAGGAAAAGGAUGAGGUUCACGAAGCAGGAGGACAACGAAGAUUUUAAGCUACUGAAGGAAUUACCCGUAGUGAUAAAUGAUGAGAUGAAUGAAGAGCUGCAAAGCAUGCCAACAAAGGAGGAGGUCAAAAGGGCAGUAAUGGGCUUAAACAAAGUCAGUGCAGCAGGACCACAUGGUAUGAGUGGAGAGUUUUUCCAACAUAAUUGGGAUACCACAGGAGAGGAUAUUUUCAAUAUGGUCAAGGCAUUCUUCAAUGGUGCGGAGGUCUAA